AUGACCGUGUUCUACUGUCAACGCCGUGAUAACUUUGUUGAGAACCUUGACUUUGAAGGUAUCCCAACUAAAGAACUCACUGACCCUUCAUUGUCAAACUGGGUACAUCAUGUACAACAUAUACUGCCACAGGGUCGAUGUGUCUGGUGGAAUCCGGUUCAGAAGAACGAGGACGAGUUUGAGGAUGAGGAAGAGGAGGAGGAACGAGAAGAACCGGAUGAGCCAGAACCUGAACAGGGGCCACCACUCCUUACACCCCUGUCUGAGGAUGCUGAAAUAGGCAACUUACCACCUUGGACAGCAAAACUUUCAUCUAAUCUCAUUCCACAAUAUGCCAUUGCCUGCAUACACUCAAAUCUCUGGCCUGGUGCUCAUGCUUUUGCCACCGGAAAGAAAUUUGAGAAUGUUUACAUUGGUUGGGGACACAAGUACUCACAAGACAACUACAGUCCACCAUCAGUACCUAACAUAAUGGAUGAGUUCCCAAGCGGACCCGAGAUCACCGAGGCUGAGGAUCCGACACCCGAGGAGGAGGCAGCAUUGAGAGCGGCACGCCAGGAAGCAGCUGAGGCUGCGGAGGACAUGGAGGAGCAAGAAGAGGAGGGAAGUGAUGAGGAUUAGAACUGUCAUCAUGCAUUAAUUGACUUAAAAAAGAAAUAAUUAUUAUGUUCAUUGAAUAAAGAAUUACGAGAUUUGAAGAUGUGCAUUUUUCUUUAAAAAGUUACUUGUUUUGUUGGAGUUUAGUGCCUUUUGAAAACUUACCAGGAUCUGCAAUACUAGAUAGAUACUCCAAGAAUAAAAAAGAUGUAGUUAUCAAAAUACAAAAAGGUAAACAGAUGAUUAUGAUGUCUGAAUACACCUUUCUUUCAUUGAGACAAUUCAUUGAUAUUUUCCUUCUUCAUAUUUCAUAUUUUGUUCUAUUUAUAGCUGAAUGUGUACAUGUGCAUUGCAUUUCUGUGAUAUUGUUUUGUCUAACUGCAUUUGUAUAAAUGUAGAAGUACUUCGUGACAAAGAGAAAAAUCUUUUUGGAGCAUUAAUAAUUAUGAUCUGAGUCAUACAAAUAAAUGCUCCAACCUCAAUCCGGCUGUGAAGAUCCUAUGUCCAGACAGCAUUCUAAAUCUCUUGGUUGCUGUAAAUGGAGAAAAUACUGUAUAUUUAUGAAUAAAAAUAUUUAACAAAUAAAAACAUUAAAAAUAUGGUAGUUCUCAGAUUUCUGGUAUUUAGACCAGUUAUGGUAAUAGUGGCAGAAUCUUAACUUUCUAAAUAGAAUAACAACAAAUUUUAAAUGUUUUGAAAUGAUUGUACUUCUAAAUUGAAACAUGAAUAAGACUGAUGUGGAUGUUCGUUUCAGACAUUUCAUUUACAUGUUUUUCAGUGAACUAUUGGAGUAUAAGUAUAUCGAAUAUAUUUUUACUGCUACUUGAAUACCCUAAAACAUUGGAAGUUUUUACCAAAAAUUUACAUCAGUUAGGUCAAACAUGUACACAGUUACACACAAACAUACAUUGUACACUUCUUUAUAUCAAAGUGUGGUAGAAACCAAUAAAUCUCAAAGAAGUAUUUUACUUCUUCUUACAGGAACAAUUAUGAUACCAUGACUUAAUUUACACUUGUGAGCUUUUGGAGAAGGGGAGUCAAUACUGUUUUACUAAAAUUACUAAUUGAAAUAGUUACUCCCCUUGGUCCAGGUUUUCCGAAAUGUGUAUGGCACAAGUGUUUGCUCAACUGCUGAAGUGGUUUUGUGAUGUGCAGAUAUCUUCAAUUAACAAAACGCUAUUCUUAUAGGCCUUAAUUAUUUGUCUUCUCUAAGAAGUUAUUGGUACUUCACAUAAACUUAUUCAAAUUGAUAAAAAAGCAAAUAAAUGGAUGCUUUAGAA